AGAAGCUCUCUUCCGUCUCUCCCGCCGGCACCACAUUCCAUUGAUCGAUUCGAAGUCACUAUACAUCAGCCAUUGUCUUCGAUGGCGGGAAACGCCAUUGAUGGAAUCACAGAUUACAGUAAAACGGAACGCCUGAUUCUUCUCAUAGACCUCAACCCACUUCUUCAUCUUGAGGAUCCCACUCCUUACAUUAAUUCCCUUCUCACAUCAACGAAAAUCCUUCUCACCUUCCCUCCUCUCUCGUCUUCUCUCUUCUGCUUUAAGCUCUUCUUUUCCUCGCUUUCUCCCCUUCUUUCGUCCUCUAAACUCCACCAUUUUGUCCCCAAUCACUCACUUUCUCUCUCUUUCAGUGACUCCACCUUUACCCUCCAAUCUCUCUCGCAGACCCUCACUUCUCUGCCUCAUUUUCACAAUCCAUUGGAUCCCUCUCCUCCCAGGGCCUCACAUCUUGCCGCAUCGGUGCAACAGAUUGUACACGACUAUGCUUGGGACUCGGUAAUAUGUUCUCCUAUACCAGAUGCUGUUCUGAAUUACCCAGUUGUUCGGUCGAAUUUGGUUGUUUUGUUUUCGCCUAUUUGUAGAUCAUUCAAGUGUCUGUCUGAAUUUUUCGAUGUGGAGCUAGGUCACGAGUCGUUGAAAAAUGUGGGUCCAUUUUGUGAGAGAUUCUCUGGGUUCUUCAGGAGUGUGAGUGGUGCAUUUGGUUGUAGGGACAUUCAUUUCAGUUGGGUUGAUGUGAAGUGUGAAUCUGGAUGUUAUGAGCAUAAGAACGAGACCGAUGAAAUUAAACUGGUUUAUAGUUUCUUUGAGAGUGGAACUAGAGCUUUGGGUUGGGGGUUAUGUUCUGUGGAUUCGGUAAUACUUGGUUCCGCUCUGCUUCCUUUUGGUUUAAUUUAUCCGAAAAUUGGAGUGUCAUCGUAUUCUCUCGAUAUAAAUGAUUACUCUAGUAAACUUCAUGUCCAACUGAGUCUUCAGAUCUUAGAUGUAAGUAGGAAUCCCAUAGAAUAUAACUGUUGUGAUCUUGAGUUGAUCAAAUUCAGGUUCUUUGGUAAAUAUGAUGAUGUUCGGUUUGAUCCAGAAUUGAUUAAUCCGCCAAAAGGAGGCCGUGAACACAAGGAAAAAUUUUGGAAGCAGUUUGGUAAUGGAAUCACAAAAUUUCAUAUUAAGGCUGUACAGAGGAAUGAUGCUUUUUUGAAACUAGGGGAUCGCAUAUCUGAUUCUUUUCUUGUACGAGAAGUGUUUGGUGAAUCUAAGAAACAGAGGAAGGGAAUUUCAAAUGAAUUCUUCGCAGAUAGGGUUCUUGAUAUUCUUGCAGUUGAAUUUGGUUUCAUGUGGCAGAGAAAUUCUGAACCCAUCUGGCAAAUGCUCUGUAGUUUUCUUUAUAACGAAGGUUGCUGGGCAUUGGUGUACCUUUCCAAUAGCGACGGUGGUUCAUUUACGGGCAUUCUAAGGCCUUUUACAAUAUCUUCUGCUCUCUUAUCUCUAAUAGACGAUCCAGAUAUGGUUCUUCAUUUUGGAGGAGAAAAUAUGGCUCAACAUAUCAGGACAUUGAGUGCUGACGUUUGCAAGCCUGAUAUCAACUUUAAAAAACGCAAUAAACUAUUGGAUUCUCAAGAUAAGAAGAGUGGUGCGGUGAUUGAGGGUCAUCAGAAAAAGAACAUAAUGGAUAGGAAGAGCCUUCAAAAACUCACGUGGAGCACCUUCUGGAAAGCGGCAUAUGAUCAGGUUGACAUAGACUUGCAUGGGGUUUACCAUGCCAGGGAAUGUAAAAAGUCAAAAAAGUUGAAAUUUUUAAAGUGCUGGAUGAAGCAGAUGAAGAAACCUGACUGUCAUGAUAUAAUUGUGUCUGAUACAUCCAAGCCAAAUCAGUUAAUUCCAGAAAACAUCGACACUAGAUUGACUGGAUCACCCCAAGAUGGUCAGCUGCCAAUCUCCUCAUCUGCCUCAGCAGGAGAGAACACUCUGACUGAGGCUUCAGGAGUACAGGCCGGUGCUGUGCUUGACACUGGGUCAGAAACAUCUGAAGGGUUUUUCAGUACUCUUUCCGACAAGAUCCAUCAGGGAAUUGCAUCUGAGGACGUAGACUUGCAGGCUUUGGCUGAGCGACUUGUGAACUCAUCCAUCUACUGGCUAUCAAAGAAGUUUGACAGAGAAACCAUUUCUGAAAGUCAAAAUUCUUCGAAAUGUAAUGAUGCAUAUGAUAGCAUGAUUGCGGCUGAACUUAGCAAAAUAUUAUUAAUGGAGCCAAAAGAGUUAGUCACAAAGCAUAAAAGCAAAAAUCCAUUCUCUCAGGCAUCUGAGACUGGAACUUCUUCUCCCAUCGCAGGACAAAUAGUUAGAGAGUAUCCUUUGGAGACAUUUUGCGUAAUUUGUGCAUGUGUUGUGAUUUUGUUUCGGAUGGAAAUCCUACAAUCAGAUGUUGGAAGUGGAGUUGAAGAGUCUGGCAAACAGAAGAUGGUUAAGCAAAUUUGCCUUCUUCUGGAGAAUAUUCAGUGCCAUAUGGAAGGGGGAUUCUUUGGUGAUUGGAACCUUGAUAAUUAUGUGGCAAGGAUCAUAAAAAGCAGGUAUUCUCAUUCCGUUGGAGAUGUGGUUCAUGAAAUCUACGACAAGAUGGACCUAUUGCUGUUUGCCGAAGAGGAUGAAACCCCAAAUCAUUUUCUCAUCAGUGAAGACAGCAACAAAUCCUGGAAUGGAAAGGCCGACAGAGAUGAGAUGGGUGAAAAUAAUGUAAGUAGUAGUGGUCCCAUAUCGUCGGAAAAUGAGCCCUUUCAGCUCCUCAAGAAUGCAAAUGGAAGCCUUGAAAGAAAUAAACAGCAGGAGGAUCCAAAAAUAGUAGAAGCCAAGAAGAAGAGAGAAAGGGCAAGAAGAUUUUCAUCUUUCACAAGUUGCAUUCCUGAUUUGCAGAAACUUUGGGCCCCAAAGCAGAUGUCUAUGAAACUCAAGUCAGAUUCUUUUAGAAAGCUGCCAACAAGGAAGAAGAAGAAGCGGGAGAGGGCAAGCUAUGACACAGUAUGCGAGACCCCAUUGACCGGAAACAAGCGUUCAUGUUCAUGGACCAGCAAGGUGGAUGAUGACCAUUACAGGGUUGACGGGAGUCAAAGAAGUAAUUCAGUUUCCAAGGCUUUAUUUCAAGAUGACCAAUUGAUGUGAGUAAAUUAUAUUCCACUCUUACGGAAGAAUUGUAUAUGUAAACAUGUGCAGGAUGAAAACAUGGUUAAUUCAGAAUUCAACCCCAACUGUUGGACGUUAGUAUCUGAUACUAGAACUAUAUCCCAACUAAAAGCUGUAUUGCAUGGUAUACCUACAUGAUUAGUUAACCCACCACGUGAUGUCUUGCUACUGAAUAAAUCUUUCAUUUGUGUAGGCUGGUGUAUUUGACCUUUAAAGGAAUGAAUAUACAUUGAAGAAAGAAUUGAGUUCCC